GCCGCCUCCCCCGAAGAGGAAGAGGAGGAUUUCAAACCGUUCCGCCCUCCCCGAUUCGAACGAAUUCCUCGCGAAUCAAUCGUGAAACCCUAAAUCGCCGUCCGAAUUGGGAAUGCAGAGAGAUGAGAGGCUUCUUGCUGACGAAUCCUGAAUUCAGCCCCCGCGCCGCCGCCGCCGCCACCGCCAUCGGCGGCCGGAAUUGUCACCGGAAGCACGUCGAGGACGGGUGAACACCCCACCACUCCCCCCCGCCGUCCCCGCCGGUUCUGAGUUCCUCGCUCGCUUCCCCACUCCGAGUCUCGUUCCGUUGCAAGAUUCCAUUUCAAUCUCGGCAAAAGGAAAAAUCGCAUCUUUCGCUGCGGAGAUGGCGGAGCCCCAAGGCGGAAGAGGCGGCGGCGGCGGCGGCGGUUCCUCGGUCCUACACGGGAAGUACGAGCUGGGGCGGCUGCUGGGGCACGGGACGUUCGCGAAGGUGUACCACGCGCGCAACCUCCAGACGGGGAGGAGCGUGGCGAUGAAGGUGGUGGGCAAGGAGAAGGUGAUGAAGGUGGGGAUGAUGGAGCAGAUCAAGCGCGAGAUCGCCGUCAUGAAGAUGGUGAAGCACCCCCACAUCGUGGAGCUGCACGAGGUCAUGGCCAGCAAGUCCAAGAUCUACUUCGCCAUGGAGCUCGUCCGCGGCGGCGAGCUCUUCAACCGGGUCUCCAAGGGCCGCCUCCGGGAGGACGCCGCCCGGAUGUACUUCCAGCAGCUCAUCUCCGCUAUCGACUUCUGCCACAGCCGCGGCGUCUACCACCGCGACCUGAAGCCGGAGAACUUGCUGCUGGACGAGGAUGGCAACCUGAAAGUCACCGACUUUGGGCUCAGCGCCUUCUCGGAGCACUUGAGGCACGACGGUUUGCUGCACACGACGUGCGGGACGCCGGCUUACGUCGCCCCGGAGGUGAUCGGGAAGAAAGGAUACGACGGCGCGAAGGCCGACCUCUGGUCUUGUGGGGUUAUCUUGUUUGUCCUCCUUGCAGGCUACUUGCCCUUUCAGGAUGAUAACAUCAUGGCCAUGUAUCGGAAGAUUUACAGGGGAGAUUUCAAGUGCCCGCCGUGGCUGUCCUCCGAUGCCCGGAGGCUCGUUACCAAGCUUCUUGACCCGAACCCGAGCACGCGAAUCACCAUUGCCAAGGUCAUGGAGUCGUCUUGGUUUAGGAAGUCAGUGCCGAAGACCAUCAGGACGAAGCAGGAGUUGGAAUUCGAGGCCUUUGAUGGGGAGGACGAGGCCGGGAGCGGCGCGGCCAAUGGCGAGAAGCCGAAGAAGCAGACGGAGACCCUGAAUGCGUUCCAUAUAAUCUCGCUGUCGGAGGGCUUUGAUCUGUCGCCGCUGUUCGAGGAGAAGAAGCGGGAGGAGAAGGAGGAGAUGAGGUUCGCGACGACGAGGCCCGCGAGCAGCGUGAUUUCGAGACUGGAGGAGGUGGCCAAGGCCGGGAAGUUCAGCAUCAAGAAGAGCGAGUCGAAGGUGAAGCUGCAGGGUCAGGAGACGGGGAGGAAAGGGAAGCUGGGUAUCGCCGCCGAGAUCUUCGCCGUGACGCCGUCGUUCUUGGUGGUAGAGGUGAAGAAGGACAACGGGGAUACUCUGGAGUAUAAUCAGUUCUGCAGCGAGGAGCUUAGACCUGCACUCAAAGACAUAUUGUGGAAAUCUCCUGCCGAGAGCUCUACGCCUGCAUGAGGAACUGAACCUUUUGGGUUGUUGGAAUGGCUUGUUCUGUUAAUGUUUCUACUGAUAGAGCUAUCAAGAUUUGUGGACAUCAAAGCCAGAUUCGUUGUCGAUGACUCUCGGUAAUGUGAUAUGUUUGUGUGAUUCUGUGAAUGGAUUGUGCUUUUGGGUCUGAGAUGGAAGUUGUCUCGCAUGUGUGCUUUCUUUCUGCUCUGUUUGUGAAACGAAUUGUUCGUGGCCUUGAUAGAAAUUUGGGAUCUUUGCCUUGCUCUUUUGGUUCCAUCUUUCUGUCAUCAUUGUCUACUGGAUCGCAAUCCACUCCAAAAGCAAAAUAUUGGCUCAGCAAAUAAGAUCAUUCGAUCAUUCCCAGCAAA